GCAGAGAACGUAGAUUUUGAGUUGGGAAUAUUAACGAAACAACCUCGUUGGCCCCUUUCACCAAACCACAACAACGUGGAAAUCUCCUUUGGUUUGCUGUCACUCUUACCCAAUCCCCAACUUUUUUCUUCCUCCUCCGCUUCUUCUACUUCUCAUCCAUUCUCAUUCCUCAACGCAAUUCAAUCUCUCUCUCUCUCUCACUGGCCAUAAGAAGCAUCAUAUUUGCUCAAUCAGUUCCCUUCUGUGUUACUUUCUUCUGCUCUCUCCAGCCUUUUCAAAACGAAGCUCCUUCCAUCACUCUCAGGUUUUUCUGUCAAGUAUUGUUGCUGCUUCUGCAAAACUCAUCCAAAUAUUGCUGGUAACAAGUCCUCCAUGAACCUGUUGAGUAGACUCGUCGGGUUGGGUAGCCCAAGGGCAGCAGAAAACAUUAAUUCAGCAGCUGCCCAAGGACCGGAUGAUGACAUACCCGAACCAGGUCAACAGUUUGCCCAGUUUGGUGCUGGUUGCUUUUGGGGUGUUGAGCUGGCCUUCCAGAGAGCAGUGGGGGUGACCAAGACAGAAGUUGGUUAUAGCCAAGGGCUGCUGCAUAAUCCAAGCUAUGAGGAUGUGUGUACAGGGACCACACACCACUCAGAGGUUGUCAGGGUCCAAUACGAUCCCAAUCAAUGUAGCUAUGAGAGUUUGCUUGGUUUGUUCUGGGCUAGACAUGAUCCUACUGCACUGAAUCGGCAGGGUAAUGAUGUGGGAACACAAUACAGGUCUGGAAUAUACUUUUACACACCUGAACAAGAGAAGGCAGCCACAGAGUCCUUGGAACAGCAACAGCAGAAGCUGAACAGGAAGAUUGUUACUGAGAUUCUUCCUGCCAAGAAGUUCUACAGGGCAGAAGAAUACCAUCAACAGUACCUCGAGAAAGGAGGCAGAUUUGGUUCCAAGCAAUCUGCUUCAAAGGGAUGCAACGAUCCAAUCCGAUGCUAUGGUUAGGUUAUUCAUAUGGGAAUUGCAUCGAAGGUUCUAAAUGACAUUUAGAUGAUUAAAGCAUGCUUUUGUUGGAAAGUAUUUUAUCUAUAAAGCCAAGUCACACUCUAUCUCCCUUCUGUAUUGUAUUUAUAGGGUGAAGAUCACUAUAGAACUAGAAUCACUUUUUAGAGUUAUGUAGUUUAUAUGUAUAGUUUUCUAAUAAACUGGUCUUAUAGUAUGCCUUUAAUUAGUGUCACUUCUUGA